AAAAGAGAGCUUAAAGAUCACAGACCAACCAGCCAAAAGCAUCAAAGCAAGAGGUAUGACACCUGAUGCAAACGACUGUGUUGUCGAUCACUACUUUUCAUGUAAAGGACUUCGAAACGUCACGGAGGAGAGACAAACUUUACUCUUAGAUUUUUAAGCUCUUAACGUUUUCCGCGAAUUCUUUUUCUCGGAGAAUCGCUUCAUUUUCUCUCGAAAAAAAUCAAAAGAGACCAAUAUAAGACAAAAGUCUUCUGAGGUGAAGUCCUAAAUGUAGCACUUUUUGUAUCAUACUUAUGCCGCUUAUUUAAACUUAGUGCUUAGUGAUAUUUCAUAAUAAAAACAAGCGAGAUUAAAACAUGACGUUUCGGCGAAGACAUGUCAUCAUUAUCGAAUGUAAAAUUAUUAUAAGUUCAGUGACGUUUUAUAGAGAAUGGAAAGUGUGAAACGAAAUUAGAAUAAAAUGAGAUGGAGUGAAUCAGUCGUGUACUACAACCAGUUUUCACAAGUAGGAAAAUCUCGAAAGGUUUAAAAGUCACGGAAACAAAGCUAUCACUGGUAAACCAACAAAGCGUUGUAUAUGAAUCUAAAUGUAAUUCGUGUGAUGCGAAUUAUAUAGGCUACAAGAACCGUCACCUCCACCUUCGUAUUGAGGAGCACAACUAUUCCGUCAUCGGAAAACAUCUUAAAGACGAACACAAUCAAAGACCGAACAAUCUUCACGAGCAAUUUGCCAUCCUAAAGAAAUGCCGCGGAAAGUUUGAGUGCCUUAUCUGA